AUCCAUUUUGUUCAAUGUUUAGAUCGCUCAUUUGACAUUGGAUUAAGCUGAGCAGAGAGCGUUAGUUGUUUGUUUGCAUUUUGGACGUUGUAAUCAAACUAAAAAUGCUAAGCCUGUUUUUUUUCUUACUUGUUUUAUAUGAAGCAAAUGGAGGGACUCACUCUUUCAAAGCGUUUUACACCGCAACAACUGGAAUCAACGGCUUCUCUGAAUUUACAGUUAUAAGUGCAGUGGAUGAUGUGUUGACAGCUUAUUAUGACAGCUUUACCAAGCAAUACGUCCCCCGUACUGACUGGAUGAGGGAGACAGAGGGUCCAGACUACUGGAAACAACAGACUGAUGUCUGUGUGGGAACAGAGCAAAGUUUCAAAAACAACUUACAAGUAGCUAUGGGGCGUUUCAAUCAAAGUGGAGGUAUACACACAUUUCAAAGAAUGUAUGGCUGUUCUUGGGAUGAUGACACUGGAGAAGUUGAUGGUUUUAAAGAAUAUGGAUAUGAUGGGGAGGACUUAAUUUCUCUAGAUCUAAAGAACCUGCAAUAUGUUACCACCCUGCCACAGGGAGUUAUCACUCAAGUAAAAUGGAAUAAUGACAAAGCUCAACUUGAAAAUGAUAAACAAUACUAUUCUCAGAUAUGCAUUGAAUGGCUAAAGAAGUACCUGCAAUAUGGGAAGAGUGCUUUAAUGAGAGAAGUCUCUCCUCAGGUAUCUCUGUUGCAGAAAGAUUCCUCUUCUCCAGUGACGUGUCAUGCUACAGGCUUCUACCCUGAGCAAGUUGCAAUCUCCUGGCUGAAAAAUGAUGAAGAACAUCAUGAAGAUGUGGAGCUUGGUGAACUUGUUCCUAAUGAAGAUGGAACCUAUCAGAAGACAAGCACACUCAAUGUUAAACCUGAGGAGUGGAAGAACAACCAGUUCAAGUGUGUGGUGGAACACAAAGGCAAAGCCAUAAGAACCAUUGUGACAGAAGAUGAGAUCAGGACUAACAAUGGAAAUGUUCCAGUUGCCCUAAUUGUUGGUGUUAUCGUUGCUGUUGUCCUGUUGGUUGUCGCUGGUAUUGUUGGGUUUAAGAUUUAUCAGAAGAAAAAAGGCUUUAAACCUGUCAACACUUCUGAUGGUGGAUCUAACAGCUCUAGCAGUCAGACAGGACCAUAAACACAUGAUGAGACACUGGACACGAGGGAGAUGAGUUUUAUAUUCUGUUGCCUAAAAACAAUUGCAUAUAAAUGCUUUCUCUUUCCCAUACACACAUCUCACACAUUAUUUACACUUCUUUAUUUUAUUUCAAUACAUUUUUUUUCCGUGAAGGGAUUUGUCUGUCAAUCUGUUUUUGGCUUAUGAAAUGACACACAUCUAGUGUAGAUUUAUAUAGUUUAAAGUCAUCAUUUAUUGCCUUUUAUUAAUUUUCAGCACCUCUUUUCAAAUGUUAAAAUAUGACAAAUAAUGCAAGGAAUUGAAAACAUACGUAUUUAUCCUUGGUGAAAUGACAGAACAUUACAAACAAAUUAUUAAUUUUAUAGGUCUGUGUAGGUUUAUAAUAUUGUUUACUAAGCAGUAGACAAGAAUGUGACAUACUUGGGUAGUUUCCUCCUCUCAGUCUUAGGAAUAUAGACACCUCUGUGCUGAAAGACUAAAUAUGUGCCAGAGAGACAAAAAUGACAUGUAUAUAAAGGAAUUAUACAUAAUCUUUCACUGAGUGCUCACCUUUUACCUAAAUUUCCUUUUUUUAGAGGCUUUGUUAAAUUGCUUAUUUUUGUUUUAAAUUUUGGGUGGUGUGGAUAUAUAAAAUAAAUGUAUCUUGUGAUGUGAUUAUGCUACUGAAUGUAAUAGAAAUAUUUACAUAAAUGUUUUUCCUUAUGUGAGGUUAAUUACUGUAAGUUAAAUUGAAUAAAUGAAAACAAAUUGAAAAAUUGGAUUGAAUAAGUAAAUAAAUCUUAUUAGAAAGA